GGAUUAUACAAAGCCCCGGGUGCAUCCCAAUUUCUCCACCGAGUCUGCAGAUUUUCUAUAGCCCUGAAUCUCCGUUGGCCUAUGUCAACUCCGUUCCUACGCAUUUCUCGUCCUCUUUCUCCACAUAAUUACAACCAUAACCAUAUAAAUACUGAAAUCUCAGAAGUAGCUGCGACUUGUAAUUGACUAAAUAAGCCCAUGGCUUCCAACUCUUCCUCCCAUAGCCCUCGCACCGUCGAAGAGAUCUUCAAAGACUUCUCCGCCCGUCACGCCGCCGUCCUCCGUGCCCUCACUGCCGAUGUGGAGGAAUUUUUCUCACAGUGCGAUCCAGAGAGAGACAAUUUGUGUUUGUAUGGACAUUCAAAUGAGACUUGGGAAGUUGCAGUGCCAGCGGAGGAAGUUCCGCCAGAGUUACCGGAGCCGGUGUUAGGUAUCAAUUUUGCAAGGGAUGGAAUGGAGCGGAGAGACUGGUUGUCAUUGGUUGCUAUGCACACCGAUUCGUGGCUGCUCUCUGUCGCUUUCUAUUUCGGUGCUCGCCUUAAUCGCAAUGAAAGGAGUCGUCUGUUUACCCUGAUAAAUGAUCUGCCAACUGUCUUUGAAGUCGUGACAGGGAGGAAGCCUUUGAAGGACAAACCUAGUGUUGAUAGUGGAAAGAAAUCAAAGAAUAACACAAAGAGAGAAAAACAAGUUAAAGCAAAUCAAAGGCUACAUGAGGAGAGUGAUGAUGAGGAUGAAGGGAAUGAAGACGAGCAUGAAGAAACUCUAUGUGGAAGUUGUGGAACAAAUGGCAACGCAGAUGAGUUCUGGAUUGGCUGUGAUAUUUGUGAAAGGUGGUAUCAUGGCAAGUGCGUGAAAAUAACGCCUGCAAAGGCUCAAAGUAUCAAGGAAUACAGAUGUCCCUCUUGCAGCAAUAAAAAGGCAAGACCUAUGGGUUGAGUUAAAACUUUAGGAAGACUUGAGAGUUCGUGUUGACAAAAAUUGAAGAUACUUAAAUCUGCAGAUGAUCCCCCUGACCUGCACAACCCCAAUUCUGCAGCCUCUUACUCUGUCUUACAUAUAUACUUUUCUCGUUCUUUUUUCCUUUUUCAAAGUGUUUUCUGUUUCUUGUAAGUUUAUAGGUGUAGCACUUUCUCGGAAGGGAUGAAAUCAAGUUCCUUGUAUCGGUUGGCAUCUUUAGUUCCUUUUCUUACGACUGUUCAAUUGAAAAAUUCUGCAUUCUUCCUUCUUUUCA